CUUCAAUCUGAGAAUACAAGUCUUAAAGUGGAGAAUGUCGACUUGACAGGUAAUAUUUCACUUAGGAAAGAUGUGCUGUUAUACCUUCACGUCGCUGGUCAUUGUUUAAGGCAGCCAAACAAAAUUGCUUAGAAACUUAUGUUAUGGCAAUUAUCUGUAGGAAGGGUUAGCAGGGGAAGACAGCCAAUUGACUCAUAUAUCGACAACAUCAAAAGUGACACCAGUCUUGACAUCAUCAGCGAAAUUCGGUCAGCAAUGCUGGAUAGAAAUGUGUGGAAAGAUUUUGUCAUGAAGGUUCGAUCGAGAGAUCGGCCUACGUAAUUAAGUAAGUUUUGAAUAGCCUCUCAUACUGUCCCUGUUUUGUGUUUAUAUCUUUAGGACGUUAUUCUGAUCUACAAGUUCAGUACAACGAGGCUGUUAACACCGUAAAGGAACAGAAGGAGCUUAUCACUCAACUAGAGACAGACCUAUUGAGUGUAAACGCACUACCCUCUGCAUUCCGUGGCCAGGGGGAGGUCAGAAUUGUUGUUUUCUAAGUGUUUAAAAUGAAGUCGAAAGUAAUGACCAUUACAUGUGUUGAAAUUUGAUAAAAGAGCGGCGACAGUUUAGUUGCAAUUUGUUUAGCUACUUUUAUCUCAAAAUUCAUGAUUGGUGUAGAAGUGAGAAGAUCUGAAGUAAAGAUGUCAAUUGAAUUACGUGAACACGCUGGCUGUAAAGUGAACCAGGAAUUCAAGUACUGUCUCAUCCCUUUCAUUUCAGCUAACGUUUGACGUUCUUUGUGUUACGGUAUCGUCAGUGGUUUGAAUAGGCCACUUCCGAGUUCCAAACACCUUCACUCUCAAAAUGAGUCCAAGUGCACAACCUUUCUCGUGGAAAUGAGUUUAUUUGCAUGAGAUUGAAAAUCAUUUCCAUAUCAAAGGCUGAGAACUUAACCCCGUUUUGACACACAAGCCCGGGGAACUCGGAAAUGGCCCAUUCGGUCGACACAGGAAGACGUUCAGAAACGAUGUUGAAAUGAACGAUGCUUUAGCGCUGAACAAAUUGCAAAUUUGCUGUCGGGAGAUGGCACCAAGAUCAAAAGUAGGGACAACAAAAGUGACCAAGUUUGAGGUCAACAUGGUUGGAUAAUAGCCAUCAAGUUCUGGUUUAGUCCCACGGUCCAACCAUCUUGACCGAAGAGCUUGGUCAACAGCGCAUAUUAUUAUACUCGUAUGACCAGAUGAUUACAUCUUUUACGGGGACAAAUAAGCAACCCCGAGGAACAGCCCAGAAGAAAGGCCUCUGUGCCCGCUAGCGUAGCCACCUAGAAUACAGGUCAGCCAGAGAUUCUGCAAUUUGUAAUAAUUCGUUUACUUUAAUUUAGUUCAUUGUAAUUAUAUGUUUUUGGUCAGGGUGAGGCCGGACCUCCUUCAGAGAAAGAACUUGUAACAAACGCUGUACAGCAAGCCGUGGGCGCACCGACAGGUACUGACGGUCUGAAUAAUAAUUUUUAG